AUGAAAAUGUUAACUUUAUAUUUAAAUAUUACUACACUCCUUCUUUUAAUUUGGAUAUAUCAAUUUUUUUAUAACUGUGAUUCCUAUAAAACGUUUUUUAAUAAAAAUAGAUUGCAAAUAAAAAAUGAGAGAGUAUUAGCAGAAGGUGAUGUAGUAGGAAAAGAGCACACUUACGCUGAAGGGUGCCUAGGAGAUUAUUCACUAGAUAAUAAAAAUAACAAAUGGAAAAAUAUGGUUCAAUACGAGAAUCCGUGCGAUAGAUGGCAGAGAAAAACUAAUCCAUUAUUGAGGAAGCUAUUUAAUAAGGAAACAAGUAAAAUGGAUCCUAUAUGGAGAUACCAAAAAUGGAAUAAUGAAUGGAAUAAUAUUUCAGCUAAAAAAGUUAAUGAUCUAUCUUCUAUAUUUCAUCAACAUGAUAUUUCACAGGAAGAAAAAGAAAAAUUAAUUCGUAGUGUUGAAGAAGAACUCCAAAAUGAAUUUGUGAAAUUUUUAGACGAAUGUAGGAAAGAGAUGAGAGACAAUAAAACAGAAUCCGAAUCUAAGAAAGAGAUGAUGGAAAAUAGAAAAGAAUUCGAAUCUAAGAAAGAAAUGAGAGACAAUAAAACAGGAUCCGAAUCUAAGAAUGAUAUGAGAUACAAUAAAACUGAAUCCGAAUCUGUUAAAGAGAUGAUAGACAAUAAAACAGAAUUCGAAUCAAUGAAAGAGAUGAUAAACAAUAGAGCAGAAACCGAAUCUAUGAAAGAGAUAAGAGAAAAUAGAACAGAAUCCGAAUCUGAGAAAGAGAUGAGAGAUAAUAAAGCAGAAUCCGAAUCUGAAUCUGAAUCUGAGAAAGAGAUGAGAGACAAUAGAACAGAAUCCGAAUAUAUGAAAGACAUGAGAGACAAUAAAGCAGAAUCCGAAUCUGAAUCUGAAUCUGAAUCUGAGAAAGAGAUGAGAGACAAUGAAACAGAAUCCGAAUUUAGGAAUGAGCAGGGAACAUAUGAAAAAAAAAAUUAUAAAAAAAAAAUUUGGGAAUUACAUAUUGUUUUGAUAAUCUUAAGGUGA